AUGUCGGGAGAGGUGCCUGAAAAUAUGAAGGGAACCACUGGCAUUGAUUUGUUUCCAACCUUUAAUGCCUCACGAUCGGAAGAGUCUUUGAAAAAGGUUUUUGAUCCGAGGAUGCUAGAACAGUCCCUCGAUAAGUGUUAUAUUUCACCUGCUUUAACCAAGGAUUUGGACGUGGAAUCUAUUGUUAACACCUACUACAAAUAUUUUCAUAGUAUCCAUCCAUUUCUCCCGCAUAGAGAAGAUAUCAUGACAUAUUUGAACUCAGUACCUUACAAUUAUGACCUUUUACUUGCCAUGAAAAUCAUGGGUGAUGGUCAGGUUUCCAGUAUUUAUAGCCGUGACGUGGAAACAGUGCAGUUUUUAGUCACGUCCGUUGUCAACUACAUUAAACAGGUGGGUAAAGAUCUUAUCAGCUUGCAAUCUUUACUCAUAUUGGCAAUGAUAGCACAUAUAUCUUCGUUACAUGACUUGUCGAUGCUCCUUCGUGAGGCUCUCGUAUCUCUUGCUCUUGAGUUGAAACUAAACUUGCUUGACCAGCAUACCGUUCCGGACAUUUUUAUGGAUGUGAACGGCUUUAUUACUGAGCGUAGGGAAUCGGAUAACAAUGCGUCUACGAAUACAAUACAUGGUGUUCAAUUGAUGAACACCCCUUCUGAAUCCGACACUAAAGAUGACGUACUUACAGAGUUGAUGCAGGCAUGUAGAGUCGCCAACAUACCUAAACGGAUACUUGCAGAUACCAUCAGAAGAACCUUAUGGGAGGUCUACUUCUUCGACACUAUCAGUGGCACAGCUUCUGGCCACACCAUGUCUCUUUUAGCGUCGUGUAAGAUUAUUGUUCUCUAUCCAACCACUAUUUCAGCCCAUGCUUUCGAUUAUAAGAGCCGUGCCGAGGCAUGCAAGCUUGUCAACGACUCCAUCAAACUUAACGUGGCGAUCCAGGCGGAAGAGGAAGUUGAGUCGCAUCUUGUACAUAUGAAGGCCGCCAUAGGAAAUUGGGAAUUGAGACUUGACAAUCCUGACAUGUAUAGUACACCUUAUUUGGUGAAUGCGAAUGGACAAGUAAACGAAGGUGUUUUCGAGGCAAUCAUGCUCGUGAACUAUGCGCAGAUUUUCACGCAUAGACCCUUCUCAUACUUAUGGAGAUCGGAUGUGUCAAAGCAUCCUAAAUGCACGGAUGAAGAAGAUGUUUCUGAGGACUGUCCUCCCUUGAAAAGACAAGAAGUGGAUUCACAAAAAAUCAUCGAGACGAGGAAGACCAUUGACUCCGCAUCGUCUGUGGUCAAGUCGCUAUUGGAUACUAACGCAGCAGAUGUGACAAAAAGAACUCCAUUUUUGGCAUGCGCAUUGGCCUUCUCAUCUUUAGUGCACCUAAGUGCUUUUUCAUGGGUUGAAUCUAGUUUACAAGUCUUGGGUGAUGACGCAUCUACCGCGUCGUUAUUGAAAGAAAACAUCAACGAAGAAGAACUCGACACGUACACAGAAUAUAUCAAACUCGAGCUUGGUGCUAUAUAUCAGAUUUCUAGACACUGGGCAUUAUCCGCUAAAUUGGCGCAACACAUAAAGGAGACACUUCGACGCGUAUCUCUUAAGUUGUACAGGAAAGUUCAGGCUGCUCUGCCCGAGCCGAAAUUUAAACCUGUAGAGAUAGCGGCCCUCACACCAAUUCAGAAAGACAUCCGUAGGACAAGUUAUCGAACUCCAUCUCUAUCGACGUCGUCUUCCACUCAACCAACAUUUACCAAAACAACAACUGACCCUGUACUUCCAGAUGUUUUCUCGCGUAGGCCUCGGGAGUACAUAAGAUCUCUUCCAAAUACAUAUAGUGGAACCAAUCCUACUACUAGCAAUUCUACCAGAUCUCCUGAUCCUGGAGCGGUGUCCACUGGAAAUAUAUCCGCAGAGAAACCUGAGAUUUCAGGCCAGACUAAUCUAAUUAAUGAGAUUAACGAUGCAGAACUCAAUAUGAUGAUGGAUGAUAGCUAUCUUUCCCUUUCUCCGACCAGCGAUACAGGAUGUGACUGGGUUGAUAAGCAUAUUUUUGAGUUUGAUGCCUACAAUUUGGCGGCCGGAGAUGAGUCCAAAACCCCAAACUAA